AUGGUGUCUUUAUGGGAAGGUGUCGAAGAAAUGAAUGUAUUUGUUGCAUGCGCUUGUAUUUUCGGACUUAUUCUAUCUCAAUUAUCAUUUCUCAUCGUCGCAAUUCAAUGGCUUCAUCCAGUUGACGAAACUCCGCACAAUGCAAGAUUGUUCAGAAUGAAUAUUCAAGAAAAAGUGGCGUUCGAAACUGGAGCUCCACUUUUGCCGAAAACCGUGUUGAAUGUUCGAGAAUUGAAGAAUUUGUAUGCGAGGAAAUGUUUUAAAACUCGAGGUUAUGAACUUUCAGAAGAGGUUGGUUUGAAAAAUAAAAUGAAAAUCAUAUAAUAAUUUUCAGGAUCAAUCAUUAUUGAAUACUGCAAAAGAUGGACAAGUUAAUUAUAUUUCUGGUUAGAAAAAUAAUUAACAUUAACUUUGACAAAAAAUUAUUUCAGCAUCUGAUCAAUUUUCACGAAAUCCGAGUUUGGCAUAUGGAACAUUAUAUUCGAAACGUGUUUCUUGUCUCGAUUUCAAACCUUUGAAAGUUGAACCAUCGGUAUUUAACAUAAAACUUCAAAACUUUCUUCUCAGCAUAGUUUUUUCUAGGGUGACGGUACAACUAGCACCCGAAUUAUGCACAAUGUUUUGAAUACUCAAGAUGAAGAAGAUGCGGUUCGAAAACCUUUGAAAAGACAGAAAAAGGAUAUUGGAGCAACAAAAAGAAAGAAAAAUAAUAAGAAAAAAGCAAUUCAAGGUUUCUGUUUUAUAUAUUUUAGUGAGAUCGAAAUUAUUGAAUAUUUUUCAGCUUUGGAUAAAAUGACAGCUGGAGAACCAGUUAUAGGAGAUGCAAAAACUUUGGAAAUUGCUCCUCAAUCAGUGCGAAAUGUAUUGACUCCACCAAAAUUGGCUGGAAAUAAUAUUCAACCGGGAAAAAUUGCACAACCGGUAGCUGUGAAUACACUUGCAACAUUGAAUACUGUUGAUACUAUUGAGCAUAGUAAAAAAGGUUUGGAAAUAGAAAAUGUUUGAAAUCAAAGCUGGGCGAGAAGUAUCCAAAAAUAUAUGGGUAAUAAUCAUUUUUUUUUCCAGAAUCUCGUCGAAAACAAGCUAAAAGACGAAAAAGUGUGCGACGUUUAACUCAAACACAAACAUUGAAAACUGAAAAUGGACCGGAAGAAUCGCCAAAAGUGCGGAAAUCUUUGGAAGAUCUCACUAAAUCGAAAUUAAAUACUGUUGAAUAA